AGUUCAAAAUGCAGUGGUUAAAAAAAGUUGUGAUAUUUUUGUGUGCUGUGACCAUUGCAAAAAGCCAACAGACAGUGAGCAGAAGGCAAAGUGCUGAGCCCAGAAGAUUAGAUGUUGGUUUUGUGAAUAUUGUCACUACUGGAUCAAUAUCCAACAAAGCUCCUCAAGGUGAAAUCAAUCAAGGAAAUGCGGGAUUGAAAGCAGGUGAAAGCACGAGUUCAUCGGAUCCAACCGCAGACAAGAACACAAACAAUUCCACAAACCCUGAAAUUUGCGAAUGCAAAAAGAGCAAAGAAGACUUCGUUCUUUGCACAGGCAGAGCCUGUACGAGGCUCCCCACAAAUCUGUUUGUUCCAGAUGGUCGCCUCAGGAUAAUGCGAACAAAUAUCACUGCCUUGACGAGCGAUAUGUUUGCAAAUUUGUCAAAUUUGGUUCACUUGGAUGUGCGGUCCAAUCCUCAACUGGCUGAGAUUCAACCCGGGUCCUUUGCCAAUUUGCAAUCCUUGACCAACUUGACACUUUCAUUCAAUAAGUUUGCCAAAUUAAGCCCCGAGUCUUUCAAAGGCUUGGUGAAUUUGCAGGAAGUGUUCCUGGUGCAGAAUGGGAUCAAAAGUUUGAAAGAUGUCGCUGCUGCCCUGAGACCAGCAAUUCUGCCAAACUUGUAUCAUGUUCAUUUGGGAGGCAAUGACUUUGGAAACAUUUUGGAAGGAGAUUUGGCACCUAUGGAAGGUUCUCCAGUCAAAGACAUUCAGCUGAUGUCCAGUAACAUCAAGUCCAUUCAGGCAAAUGUGCUACGGCCUUUGCAGCAGCUUGGAAGGCUAAGGCUCAGGGAAAAUAAUAUUUCUGCUUCAAAUCUAGUGAAUUUUGUCAAAUCUUUGCCAAGGUCUACAUAUGCUCUUGAUGUGUCUGCUUGUGGACUGACUUCUGAGGACCUGGCUGCCCUUUUUAGUGCGCUUUCAGGCACUUCUGUUGCUGAACUUUGGUUGGUCAAGAAUAGUUUCCCAGUGGUGAAGAAAGGAAUGAUUACUGGCUGGCCAGGCUUGAAGAAGCUGAAUAUGAGAGAGACUGGAUUGAUGGGAGUUGAGGAAAAGGCUUUUGAGAAGCUGACAGGUUUGGAAGAAUUAUACCUGGCUGGGAACAAACUUACACAGUUACAAGAUGCAUUUCUUCUUCCAAGUCUAAGAAUCUUGGAUUUGUCACUAAACAAUGGAGCUUCUGACUUGAAAAACAGUGGCCAUUUUGAGCUUGGAGAAAACAAGUUCAAGAGCAUGCAGCGACUUGAGAAACUGCGUUUCAGAGGCAACAACUUGGGACACGUUGAAAAGGACACUUUCACUGGACUCGAAUCCCUGGUUUCUUUGGACCUGGAAUCCUGCAUGAUUUCAACAAUGGGUCCAGAACCUUUCUCCCACCUCAAGUCCUUGGAAACGCUAUUUUUGCAACGCAAUAACUUGACUUCAGUGUUUGACCCUUCGAACCCACCUCAAACCGGCAUUUUCAAGGGCCUGACUUCGCUGAAAACCCUGCGAGCGGAUAAUGCGAGAAUCGAGGCCAUUCCUAGAAAGUCCUUCAGUUCUUCUGACACACCGAAUUUGCAGGCGAUUAAUCUGGAAGGGAAUCGAAUCGUGAGUUUCAGUGGUGGAGAAUUCACCGACUUGCGAGACUUGCAGAUUUUGGCACUGUCCAACAACCGAAUCACUGGCUGGAAUUCGCCGAUUUUUGGCGCAAAAGCCCCGAAGUGAGUUUCAACUCUUCAGCGAGGAAAAAAAA